ACGCUCUUGCGUUUGUACUUCUUGUGGGGCGUCACAGGAGGCAGUGAUGAUGUGGAUGGCGCUCCUGCGGCCGAGCCUGCAUAGGCAGAGGACGAUGUGGCCCUCGACGACAUUGCAGGUAGCCCGCGAGGGAUGGGUGUGAGCUUAGCAGGGUAAGGUCGAGUUCAAAGGCUCACGUGUGUUGGAUGGUACCAAAGGGCUGCGAUAUCAGCCCCGAGUCCUGCGACGUUGGUGCCAGGCGGAAAGGGAGUCGAGACGAGACGCGCCGCGCGCCGUGUUUCUUGACUUUGGCGGGGGCGGGCAGCAUUUGCGGGAAGAGACAAUGACGCUCCGCCCACUCCUUCCGCUCGCCCUACCCACACCACUACUGCUAGUACACCGCAAAGUGCCUCAGCACCAAGUCUUACUUCCCGAUGGGUUGCGGCAAUGGUGCAGCCAGCCUCCACGUGGGCAAAGGCAAUCGGUAGUCAGGCUCACCCGGGGGUCCCCACACGAUCUGCAGCCCAGACCACUUUUGACUCCAUACCAGCAGAGGGACACCUGCUGCAGGACAUCUUGCCAGGCCACACGCUGCUCCAGCCUCUACGAGACUAUGGCAUCGUCGACACGGCGGAUAUCGCCUAUGAGUUCGGCCUCACCGCAGAAUACAUGAAUCGGCAAGGCAAUCCGAGCGCUGCAGUGACCCGAGCGGCAUUGCUCAUGCCGCCCACGAGCCCAGUCGAGCUCGCUCGCUUUCUCCAGGAGGUGCAACGCAGGCUGAGCUUCGAGAGGUCGAUACCGCCUCCUUCCUCCAUGCAUAGCCUUUCGCAUCAUACUCAGACGCUCUUGAAGGGCAUUCUGCCAUCCUCCACAGCGUCACCACGCCGGGAGCUCAAGCCGCUACCGCCACCUCCACUGCCUUCUGCUGAAUCCCAAGAGCUACAAAGGGGUGGCACACCGCUCGCCUCUCGAGCAUCGACGCCCUCUGAGCGGAGCCGGUACGGUACAACGAUUACUGCUCCUUCGUCUCCUGCAGAACAAUCAGAGCUUGCAGUAGUCACAGAGCCCGUUGCCCCACUGCCGCCCUUGCCUCCGGCUGCGCCGAUGCUCUCUGGACUAAAGGCCCUAGACGACUGCUUUGCGGAUGAAAUCGGUCUGCCGCCUGGACGUGCCCUUGAGAUCAUCGGGCCCACGGCAAGUGGAAAGAGCCGGUUUGGUCUACAGCUGAUCGUGGAGAACAGAGUGGCAGGGUUGCGCAUGAAUAGGCAAAGGAAAGCUGGCGUAGAACCACCCGAGUGCGCCCGAGAAGGGCCGGAGCAGGAAGAGAGUCAGAGCAGAGAAGGCUUCGACGAGGUCCUUAUAAUUGAUACGGAAGGCAGCCUGACGCCUGACAUCAUCGAGGAGACAGUCUGGCAACGUGUCGAGCUGCUGAAGCUCACCGACCCCGAGAGCACAGCACUCUUUCGGGAAGUCCUAGACGGGAUGCAUCUCGUCAUACCUGCCUCGCUGGCAGAGCUCAUCGCGACCAUACGCGUUCUGACUGCUUCGCCCACACCCGCAAGAUCGGACCAGUCCAAGCAAGACUCAGAGCUCCCCGGCUCCCUACCCCCACUUCGCUCCCUAAGCGCAAUCCUUCUCGACACACUCUCCUUCCACCUCCGUACCCCCGUCGAGACGACUCCCGAACGUCGCGGACGACGUCACGCCCUCUCCCUCCUUUCCUCCCUCCUGCCUCUCCUUUCAGCGCAGAACCCGCGCCUAAGACUGGUAGCUACGGGUCAGAUGAGUCUCAAGAUGUUCAGUCGCGCUGGAGACUUGGUCACCUAUCGCACCCCUGGAUCGAUUGCCAGGAUGGUCCCGCAGGUAGAGGCUCCGGGCGGGACGGGAGCGACAGGAGGUGCGGGUGGGGAGUAUGUCUCAGGGAUGGAGAAGGGGCCAGGCGUGCUAGGCGAGGGAGCAUGGAGGAUUCUCCUCUUUCGACUUGGAGAGAGAAGAAUGGCGCAACUCUUCUAUUCGCCUCCUCUCCCGCUCUCAAAAAAGGAAGACGAGGCGUCUGAAGGCGGACAAGGCGAAGAUUCCUCUGGGAUGGUUAGAGGUUCGCAGAUGAAGCGAAGGAGGAUAGGCGCACAUGCUGACGGUGGACGAUGGAUCCCGUUUCGGAUUGAUACCCGUGGACGUGUGGUGGAAGAAUAGACUGGAUUCGAGAUCCACAUUUGGUUAGCACUCCAAUACAAUCCCAAUCGACACGCUAUCUAUCAGUCUCGCACCGGCAGCACUUCUGCCUCGCCCUGCCUGUUCUUCUGUCACAUCUCUGUCGUUGCACUCGAUCAAUAGAGAAUAAAGACUACACU